CUCUCUGGCCUCCUCCCCCCACUUUAGGAGAUGUGGUUGUCAUGACAACCGCUGAGUCAUCCUCUACUGUAAGUAGCCAUCCUCAUAUUUAAUCUCUGCAUGCAGCGAGGCCCUCCGCCAUCCAGGCCUGCAUUAGCACACGGAUGCGACACAUUAAUUUGCUCUGGGUAGUUCCCGCGAUCUGCGAAGGUUAUUCCCGGAGAACGCGGAGCUGCAGCGGGCUGAGCAGCAGCCACACGGAUGGGUAACGUGCCCACCACAGUGAAGCACUGCCUGAGCUAUGAGCAACUCAUCGAGGACUACCCGUGGCUGAGACGCUGGCUGCAGGAGGACAAGACAAUUACAGGACAUGCCUAUCCAGAGUUUGUUAAAAUUGUUGAAGUUGGGCCAAGAGAUGGACUUCAAAAUGAAAAGGAGAUUGUUCCAACUGGGGUGAAAAUCCAGCUGAUAGAUAUGCUCUCAGGAACAGGCCUGUCUGUGAUCGAGGCCACCAGCUUUGUCUCUUCAAAGUGGGUCCCACAGAUGGCAGACCACACUGAUGUACUCAGAGGAAUCCAGAGAGCAUCUAAUGUUCAGUAUCCUGUUUUGACACCUAACUUGCAAGGCUUUCAGGAUGCUGUUGCAGCUGGUGCUACUGAAGUGGCUGUGUUUGGGUCGGCAUCUGAAACCUUCAGUAAAAAAAAUAUUAACUGUUCUGUUGAUGAAAGUAUGCUGAGGUUUGAGGAAGUCAUUAACGCUGCCAAAAAGCGACAAAUUCCAGUUCGAGGGUAUGUUUCUUGUGCCCUUGGGUGUCCCCAUGAGGGACACAUUGAACCUUCCAAAGUGGCAGAGGUGGCAAAGAGAUUAUAUGAAAUGGGCUGCUAUGAGAUUUCCUUGGGAGACACCAUUGGUAUUGGUACUCCAGGAUCUAUGCUUAAGAUGCUGCAGAGGGUGAUGAAGGACGUGCCCAUCAAUGCGCUUGCAGUUCACUGCCAUGACACCUAUGGGCAAGCACUGCCCAACAUCCUUACUGCACUCCAGAUGGGGGUCUCUGUGGUGGAUUCUGCAGUAGCUGGCCUGGGAGGAUGCCCUUACGCUCAGGGUUCAUCUGGCAAUGUUUCCACAGAGGAUGUUCUCUACAUGCUUCAUGGCAUGGGCAUUGAAACAGGUGUGAACAUUGCCAAAGUCAUAGAGGCUGGUUCCUUCAUCUGCAGUGCUUUAUCUCGCGAGACAAACUCCAAGGUUGCCCAAGCAAGAAGCACGGCCUGCUGUGAUGCGUCUCUGUAAUGGAACGUCUUUAAAUAUUUUAGUCUGUUCCCUUUAAAGUGCUUCCGCGUUGUUGCUGCCUUCAGAUUUGUUGCCCAUCUGUCUGUAUUUGAACUACAUUGUUCCAUGUAUCUCUUGCAUGUCAUCUAAAUAAUAUUGAAAACUAUCUCAUUUUUAUUAUUUUUUUUACUUUAUUGUUCAUUUCCAGUCUAUAUUUGCCAUCUGAGUACCUUUAUAAUCUGCUGAACACAUGCAUCUUCCUUGGCUUAGUUUUUGCUCUACACAAUUUUUGAUGCAACAAAAGCAAGCGUCGACCGCACUGAAUGGAAAGUGACAGGAAGCUGGUAAUUAUCAAGGGGAGUAUUCAUUUGUGAUUGAGGUUUGUGUUGACGGCUCGAUAAUUUAUGAUCUUAUGAUUUUAUUCGUUUGCAUUGAUCAGUGGCCUUAUAAAAUUAUGUAACAGCGUAUUAUAAUCCUACGUGUAUGAGUGCCUCCAUAUGCACCUUGCUUCUCUGAAGACCUUUUGUGAUUUCCUGUGAACUUGUAUAAAUAAUUCAAAAUAAGACAACUCUCAAAUUACCACAAAGAUAGCAUUUUAAAGGAGGCACAGAGGAGUUUUUGCCAUCAGGUUUGCCAAAGAUCCCUUAAAAAGUUCCUCUUUAUAGUCUUUUUUUUUUGUAUUUCAGAAUUUUACCACGACAUAAACUACUUUCUGAGACAAUUGUCUCUGUAAAGUCAAAUGUCCUUUCAUUUUUUGUCAUGUUUACACCCUGCUGUGCAAUCUGUAAAUCAGAAAGUAAAGAAUAAAAAAAAAAAUCAGUUGUUAGCUCUUCUGUCCUGUUCCUCUGGCUUUCUUUCCUACGGUUUAAUUGCAUUCACCUUACAUCCCUAUUUUCAAAAAUCAGACUAAUUAGGAUGCCAGCAUGAUGCCAACUGGGAAAGAAAAGCACUCCACACUAAUGAAUAGAUGUUAGAUUUGCAUAAGCGUAUUAAAUUGUGAUAAUUGUCUGCCCAUGGCGGUCCAUCUUAAUCACAUAACAAAAAAGAAAAUUAUGCAUUCAUGUGCAGUUGCACACAGACUCAGUCCUGACCUGUCUCCACCCCCAAGCAAAAUUCUGCCUGUGAACCACAUUUAGUCACACCUGAUAUCCAGUGCUCCCACUACAGCCUCGAUAUUUUUUUCCAAUAUUAAUAUUAAACCUGGCUUACCUGGAUAGUUGACUGUGCAUUCAUAUUCCCCAGUAUACCCAGGAAACAGUAGCCAGUGUCCAUACAUUGCUGGAGAUUUGGUAUCUACAGUUUUUAUUUGUGUAAAUGCAUUUUAACAGAGCUGUGCCUUAUAAACACAGUAAACACUUAUUAAAGGCACUUAUUAAAUGUAUUUGACUCUCACUUUUAUGAGCCAAAAACUCACAGAACAUAGUCGUGGUACAAGCGAGCCAAGAAGUUAUGCUACUAACACAGUAGUACCUAAAAAUAGCACCACAACUUUACCCUCAAUGCUGUUCUCGCCCUUGUGAGUGUUUUUUGUUUGUUUGUUUACUUUAUGUUAUCUUUUAAUGGCAAACAACAACUUUAGUGAGACAUUUUACACCCUUUUGGGGCCCUCUACUGGCCACAUGGCUCCAAAGUGGCUCUUAGUUCUGACCUUUGUUCUCCUAGAUCUAUCAUUCAUGUGCAGUGAUGUGUCUUGGGGAAAAUACAUAGAAAGAGGGGAAUCAGAUAGCUUCAAUCCCAUAGUUAUCAACUGUGUGAGUGAAAUUUUGUAAUAUUAAGAUCAUAUAAAAUCUUUUGAAAGAUGAAAGGCUUAAACAGCCAAUAAUUUGGGUCAGUUUUUGUCAUGCAAAGCAAAA